AUGAAGAGGCCAAAGAUGCUGAACUCAGAAGCAGGCCAGAAGAAGAUGGGAGUGCUGACAUUACAUCGCUGGAGUGGAUUGCUUGCAAGAUUUUUUGUGAUGCCCUGUAUAGACACUGAAUGGAAGUUGCUGCCUAAGGGAUUCUCUCUCUUUAACAAAAUCAACGGACAACCCAAUAUCACAUUCCGAUAUGACAACUGUACAGUCAAUUUUGGCGGGAAGCACCUUAUAGCGGACAUGCAGAACAUAACCAUCAGCCAAUACGCUUGCAACGACCAGGUGGCUGUUAGUGUAAUGUGGACAGCUAGUCCUACUGGCAUCGAGUAUCUGAAAGGUUUUCGCAUUAUUCUGGAAGAACUAAAAUCCGAGGGGCGGAUGUGUCAGCAGAUGGUGCUCAAGGACCCAAAGCAGCUGAAUUCCAGCUUUAAAAAAGUUGUUAUUGAGACCCAGCCAUUCAUGAACCUGAAGUUUGAAACAGAUUACUUUGUGAAAAUUGUCCCGUUUCCGUCAAUAAAAAACGAAAGCCACUAUCAUCCAUUUUUCUUCAGAACACGCACUUGUGAGACAUUGCUGCACCCAGACAACUUAACCUGCAGGCCAUAUUGGAAACCAAAGAGCGUGAAUGUCACACAGCAAGGUGUCAACAUGCAAGUAUCGUUUGACCACGCUCCUUACAAUUUUGGGUUUAACGCCUACUACGUCAACUACAGAAUGAAGCAUGAUGCCUCCUUUAAACAGAAAGUCUGCAGACAGGUUCUGAACUCCGAUUACACAAACUGUCUGCUACAGAACGUCUCUCCUGGGGAUUAUGUCAUUGAGCUUCUCGAUGACACUAACACAACAAGACGUUCCAUGCAUUACUCACUAAAACCAGUGCAUUCUCCUUGGGCCGGACCCAUCCGUGCUAUUGCCAUUACCGUGCCUUUGGUCAUCAUUUCAGCCUUUGCAACACUGUUUACCGUUAUGUGCCGGAAAAAGCAGCAAGAAAACAUCUAUUCCCACCUUGAUGAGGAGAGUUCCGAGUCCUCCACAUAUGCCGGAAGUCUUCAUGUCGAAAAACCGCGCCCACGGCCAAAAGUGUUUAUUUGCUAUUCCAACAAAGACUGCCAGAAACACAUAAAUGUGAUCCAGUGUUUUGCCUAUUUCCUGCAGGAUUUCUGUGGAUGUGAAGUUUCUCUGGACUUGUGGGAAAACUUAAAAAUUUGCAAAGAAGGUCAGAGGGAGUGGCUGAAACAGAAGAUGAAAGAUUCUCAUUACAUCAUCAUCGUGUGUUCCAAGGGCCUGAAGUAUUUUGUAGAGAAGAAGAAGAAGAAGAACAAGGCCGCCAAUCUUGAUUCUGGGAAAGGGGAGAUCUUUGUGAGUGUCAUGUCCAUGAUCACUGACAAGCUGCCUAAGGCCCAGGGGAGCUCAGAUAGUUCGGACGAUCUAAGUAAAUUCAUCACGGUUUACUUUGAUUACUCAAACGAGAACGACAUUCCUGGGGUUCUUGAUGGAACCAAGAAAUACAAACUCAUGGAUCACCUCCCCCAGCUUUACUACCACCUGUAUUCCAAGGAGAUGAGCUUGCAGGACCAUGACCAGUACCCGACGAACAUCAGCAAGCGCAACUAUUUCCGCAGCAAAGCCGGGCGCUCCUUGUAUGUCGCCAUUUGUAACAUGCACCAGUACAUCGACCAGGAACCAGACUGGUUCGAAAAGCAGCAUGCUCCAUCUCAGUCUCCUGUUUUGCAUUGCCAGGAACCGGUGAUGGAGAAAUUUGACUCGGGCCUAGUGUUAAAUGAUGUUACAGUGAAACAGGUGACGGAGCACGAUCUUCCUGUGCAAGCUGAAGUGCUGACAUCGGCAGACUGUCAUUUACAAGCUCAGAACAAUGAUACUGGGGACGAGCUGGAAGUAGCAGCCACUCAUGUUGAGUGUUGUGUUCUCCAGCCAGUGCUCCAUUCUGUCAAGGUGGUGAACCAGACGGAAAUGCCGCGGGACUCUGGGAUAUACGAUUCUUCCGUCCCCUCUUCUGAGCUUUCCUUGCCAUUAAUGGAUGGACUACUGCCUGACCAGAUAGAAACCUUGUCUAUUGCAGAGAGCAUUUCAUCAUCUUCAGGACUAGGAGAGGAAGAGCCAACGAUCCCCAAAUCGGUCGUGUACAGCGUGUGCAAAGCAGAUCUCCACUGCCACAUUCACCCGGAUGAGCUCCAAGCCAUCGCACCUUUGUAGCUGGUUGGAUUACCUAUUCUGGUAACUAAGGACUGGCUAGCCCCAAUGGCAGUGAAGGCGUUCAUAUGCAUUGCCACUUUAGAAAAGGUUCUGUGAAUGGUCACCACGUCACUGCGGACCCUGAACCUACUUGAAUAUAUGAAAGACAGAAAAGGAACCCCCUUGCCACUUGUUCACAUCACUAGUCUUAGACCUUUGGCUGGUGAACAAGACAGAUGUUGGGGGAUCAGAUGAUAAACUAUCAUGCAGGAUAUUUGAUGUUUACUGCAUGAAUCUGGGGGCAACUAAUUGGGUCCCAUAAUGG